AUGAAUUUUCUUACUGUGCCUUCUCCAACAACCCUUAUAUUAGUAUUAUCCGCAUUUGCUAUAGGUUACAAUUUUGGUGAACAAAACAAAGUUGAACCCUCUUUUAAGGAUAAAAGCCAGAAUAAAGAUUCCAAAAAAAAAGAUUCCAACAAAAAGCUUGUCAAAAAUAAAUUCCCAAAAGCAGGAGAGCAUAACUCAUACUCUGAGAAUGAAGAUGAGGACGAAGAUGAGAAUGAAGAUGAGGACGAAGAUGAGGACGAAAUCGAAAUUGACUCUUCCUCUUUAAAUGAUAUUUCAGGUGAAGUGCGUAUGGCAUUAGUAAUUAGACAAGAUUUGCAAAUGACAAAAGGAAAGAUUGCAGCCCAGUGUUGUCACGCUGCAUUAGCAUGUUAUAGAUUGAUAGCGACAGAUCCAAAAAAAGAAUCAUACAAUUUGCCACUAGUUAACAGAUGGUUACAUGGCGGCCAAGCCAAAAUUACUUUAAAAUGUCCUAAUAAAGAAGAUAUGGAUCUAAUGUUUGCUCAAGCUAUUUCUAUGGGCGUCAAUGCCUAUGUUGUUCAUGACGCCGGAAGAACUCAAAUCGCAGCUGGUAGUGCUACUGUUUUAGGCCUAGGACCAGCUCCUAAAGCCGUGUUAGAUAAAAUAACAGGUAAUUUGAAAUUAUACUAA